AUGAUCCUCCUCCGCCCGUCUCUGCGGAGGCUGGCUCCGUCUCGGGACCCGUCUCUCGUGUGCUCCCAAUGCCUUUGGCGUGUCAAUCGCUCUCCUCCGCCCUCCGCGGUCCGCAGCUUCAUCUCGUUCUCGCGAUUACAAUCGAGCAUUGCCGAUAACCCCUCCGCUCCUUCGAGUUCGAAUAAGUCAUAUUUCUCGCCUAAUAAAGGAGUCGAUGGCCCUGUGAACAAGAAUGACUUUUUCUCGUCCUUGCGCUCCGUCAAUCCCUCCGCCCAAGCGAAACCCGCCGACUUAUCGUCAUCAUCGAAGAAUGAGACUGACGCCGGUCCCAUUGCUUCCGAAUCGAAUCAAACAGAGUUACCUCAUCGCCGGAGGAAGCGCCUAAAGGAGGAGACUGAUCAUUUUAAUGGAGCUGCAACUGCGCUCCCACCGGAUGCCUCUGCGCAAUUGUCGACUUUGUCGUCCGCUCUCCCCGCGACGUCCCUCCGCCGCAAAAUGGCCGCGUUUUUUGCCCUCUGCAAGCCUCGCCUCUCCUUCCUGAUCGUCUUGACAACAACAUCGGCCUACGGGAUGUAUCCGAUCUCCUCUCUCCUCACUCUCGAUCCGGCCAUGACCCCUCUUCCUACUCUCUCGACAUCUACUCUGACCUUCCUCUAUCUGACGACCGGCACGUUUCUAUCAUGCUGCAGUGCCAACACCUUGAACAUGAUACUGGAGCCCAAGUACGAUGCGCUCAUGACCCGGACACGAAACAGACCGUUGGUACGGGGUCUUGUCUCCCGUGGCGGGGCGAUCCUGUUUGCGAUUGCAACAGCCGCUUCGGGUCUCGGCCUGCUAUACUUCGGAACCAACCCUACGGUUACGGCGCUUUCAGCUGCUAACAUCUGCUUGUACGCAUUUGCGUACACUCCACUGAAACGCAUCCAUGUCGUCAAUACCUGGGUGGGUGCCAUUGUCGGAGGUAUCCCCCCGCUGAUGGGUUGGGUGGCCGCGGCCGGUCAGACCGCAACCACGGGCCAUGACACAUGGCACGACAUGCUCUUCAGUGAGAACAGCAUCGGCGGCUGGCUCCUUGGAGGGAUUCUGUUCGCAUGGCAGUUUCCUCAUUUCAACGCGCUUUCGCACCUCAUCCGGGAUGAUUACCGAAAUGCCGGAUACAAGAUGCUUUGCUGGGUUAACCCCGCGAUGAAUGCCCGUGUCGCCCUGCGCUACUCGGUCCUCAUGUUUCCCAUCUCUAUCGGUCUUUGGUGGGUUGGCGUCGUGGGCCACGGGUUCCUGGUCGGCAGUACCGUCGCAAAUGGCUGGCUUGUCAAGGAGGCGUAUCGUUUUUGGCAACACCAGGGUGCCCACGGCUCGGCUCGUGGCCUAUUUUGGGCCAGCAUCUGGCAAAUGCCUAUUCUCCUGGUAGGCGGCCUCGUGACGAAGAAGGGUCUCUGGGAUGGCGUUUGGAAGAGCGUAUUUGGUUCGUCGGAAGAAGACGACGACGAUUAUGUUUAUUACGACGAGGAAGAGGGCGAGGAGAACUUGAACCAGAGCUCCUCUUCGACGGAAGUUGCCCGUCCGAGCUCCCCGACAGCGUGA